CCUACCCUAGACCUAAAUGAAAUCACUCGGGCUCUCACCGUCUCUCACUCUCACGCUGUCACUCUGCAUAUCUCUCCCAGUUUCUCGUCUCCCGCCGUCUCUUCUCUCGUCUCUCUAGCUGCCGUCCUCGCCUCGCCGUCUCUCGCCGAUUUGGUGGAUCUCGGCGGUAAGGUCCACCAGCUCCCCUGCUCCAUCAAGUACGACGGCUCUUCCUCUGUUUCCCACUAUUUCAAACCCAAACCCACUGCACUCGAAGGUCCGAAUUCCUUUGUCUAAGCAGCGAAACCCCAAAAUAGCAAUUGACCAAUGUGGAGGAAACCAUUGGCAGCCGCAACUGGCAUGGCAUUGCGCCAUGGGUGGCGCACCACCGCAUUCCGCUGCUCAACCAACUUCUCCAACUUGUCCACCGCCAUCAACUCCAUGCUUCUUAAAUCCCUCAAGGACCACUAUCUUGAAAUCUCCAAAAUGUCCCCUCCCGCUAAGGUGAGCCCUCCCACGCCGUUCACGGUUUUGAAGGGCUCGUUGGACGGAAACGGUCCGGUCCUCAAACGGAGCUACGGCGACGGCGAGGAAAUCAAAGUUUCGGUGAUGCGAUUGGCGAGCAUAGUCCCCAGUGGCGGUGGUGAGGACGAUGGCGAUGAUGGCAUUAACCAGUUGUUUGUUCACGUGGAUGUGUCGAAGCCCGGGCAGUCGGAGAAUGUGCACUUUCUGUGUGGGCUGUACCCGGACGCGCUCGGGAUUCACUCCGUUUCGAUGCGGUCCAAGGCCGAGAACUCGGGGUUCCUUGUCGUUCCGAAUCAGUACGCCGGGCCGGUUUUUCAAGAUCUUGAUGAAGGUAUGAGAGAUGCACUUCACAGUUACAUAGAAGAGCGUGGAAUAAAUGAGAGUCUCUUUCCAUUUCUUCAAGCAUGGCUUUAUGUGAGGGAUCACCGGAAUCUCAUGCGUUGGUUCAAAUCAGUUGGCACGUUCAUUAAUGAAAACAAUUCAGCUAUAGAUAGGAUAGUGGUUUCCACAUCAAGUUAGCCAUGCGUUUCCUAUUUGUUUAACUGGCACAUGGUAAUAUUUUAGUGGUCUCCUACUUGUUUAACUGGCACAUGGUAAUAUUUUAGUGAGACAAUUUUGUAAGACAAUGUAGGCACAUGUGAAUAUUGUUCCCUUUGUUUCUGAAUUAUAAUUCUAUAUAUUUAAUUAGCCUAUAUUACAAUUUUA